AAAAAAAUGUAUACACUGUGGCAUUAUAAUUAUUUUUUUCUUUUGAAGUUACAGAGUAAGUGACGUAUGAGAAAUCUUAUUGCCUUCUGUCGUCAUCUGGUGGACACAGACAGCAACACAUUUGCAGCACCGACUUUUAUUAAAAUUGACUGUAGAACUAUUUAUACUAUCAUUUUUAAAAAACCAAAAAUAAAAUAAAGACAUAAAUAAAGACUAGUUCAUUAUUCUGUUGUUUCAACAAUAAAAAAAUGUCAGUGGGUGGCGCUUUAAAAUGCAAAUCAAGCGUGAAUUAAAAAAAAAAAAAGUUAUGCAACCUCACGUUUCCAACUCGUGCGUGGAGGAUCCGGUUUGUUGCUCAUUAAAUAUGCAAAACAAUGUUUCACUUCACGUUCGUGGACAAAACACAUGUGUGUUUGUCAGUGACAUAAGGUAGACAAUUUUUACCAACAAAAGCGUGGGUAAUGAAGGAAUUGUGUUGACAGGAGAAGGUAAACCGACUCCAUGAGUCAUGCUGGAGGGGCGUGGCGACAGCAACCUCUGUUGUCAUCGGCCGUUUUGACCAAUCAGAUCGCUCGGAUGCAAAUUAGCAGAUUGUUCUAGGAAGUGGGCUGUCAUAGCUGGGGAUGCUACUUCAGCUCGUGCCUCUAGCUGUGUUUUAUCGCCUCGCAGGGAACAGCUGGUUGUUAUGCUAUUGUGAAACGUUCAGGAAUUAAUAAGUCACGCUUGAAAGCUAGUGGCUUCGGAAAAACAAGGAGUUUUUAUUUUAUUUUAUUUUUUCUCUCUCAUCUCCCCAGCAGAGAUUCAUAACGUUGACCACAGAACUGUGACUUUUCCUCGUGACAUUUGACAGACCAUCAUCAAGCAUCAAAGCAUAACCAUGAGUGUCCACGAGUCAGACGUGCACACCAUCUCUCCAGAGAUGCCGGCGAUGUUCGAUGGGAUGAAGCUGGCGGCGGUGGCCACAGUCCUCUACAUCCUCGUCCGUUGUUUGAACCUCAAGAGCCCGACCGCGCCGCCAGACCUCACCUACCAGGACACGACCCUCAAUCGCUUCCUACUCAAGUCCUGCCCCCAGCUGACCAAAGAGUACAUUCCUCCCUUACUGUGGGGCAAAAGUGGGCACCUCCAAACAGCGCUGUACGGUAAACUGGGCCGGGUGAGCGCGCCGCACCCCAGCGGGAUCAGGAAGUAUCUACCCAUGCAGGACGGGGCCACCGCAACCUUUGACCUCUUUGAGCCUCUGGGGGAGCAUCGGACAGGAGAUGAAAUCACCAUGGUGAUAUGUCCUGGUAUCGGGAAUCACAGCGAGAAGCACUACAUCCGCACCUUCGUGGAUUACGCACAGAAGGAGGGCUACCGCUGCGCCGUGCUCAAUCACCUGGGUGCUCUGCCCACCAUCGAGCUCACCUCCCCACGGAUUUUCACUUACGGUUGCACGUGGGAGUUUGCAUCCAUGGUGGGCUACAUCAAGCGGACAUAUCCUCACACUCAGCUGAUUGUCGUGGGCUUCAGUCUGGGCGGGAACAUCGUCUGCAAAUUCCUGGGGGAGAACAGGAAAAACCAGGAGCGCGUCCUGUGCUGCGUGAGCGUCUGUCAAGGCUACAGCGCUCUGAGGGCUCAGGAAACGUUCCUACAAUGGGAUCAGUUCAGACGCUUCUACAACUUUCUCAUGGCCGACAACAUGAAGAAAAUCAUCCUCUCACACAGACACAAGCUGUUUGGAGAGAGCUCCUUUAAGAUGCUGGACGCCGAUGUCAGUCGACUGUUCACGGCAACGUCCCUCAUGCAGAUUGACGACAACGUCAUGAGAAAAUUCCACGGCCACAGCUCGCUCAAAGAGUACUACGAGAAGGAGAGUUGUGUACAUUAUAUUCACAAUAUUCAUGUGCCGCUGCUGCUGGUAAACUCUGCAGAUGAUCCUCUGGUUCAUGAUUCCCUUCUCAACAUCCCUCGAACGUUAGCAGGGAAAAAGCAGAACGUCAUCUUUGCCUUGACGCUCCACGGCGGCCACCUGGGCUUCUUUGAGGGCGAGGUUCUCUUCCCCCAGCCCCUCACCUGGAUGGAUAAAGUGAUUGUGGGCUACGCCAACGCCAUGUGCCAGUGGGAGAAGCAGAAACCACCGUGCCAAAGCGGGCCCCUGUCCGAGAACUCCUGCGUCGAGGCAAAAGCGUAGAACUAUCCUUAUCCUUACUUUAAGCCACUUUUCUGUUCUCCGUCUUCUUCUCUCUGGUGCUAGUCACCGUUCCAGACCCACACUUUCCCGUCACAAGCCUUUUACCGCCUGUGGAGAUCACCGCCACCUUACAGUGUGCAAACAGACCAGAAGAAUCAACUGCCUUCAUGCUCCUCUCCAGUACAAAGAGUCCGUCGCUCUGUGUCUAUGCAGCAGCGACCAUCGGCUAACGGAGACCAAACCAGACGAGAUUAUCUGGAGAUGGCAGAAAAUCGAGCACACGUGAGGCCUCCUGUUCUGAGGAGCUGGGAGGCCUUCUCUCUGUACUUACAUGAACACCUCCAAGCCCACACAGCCUAGUCUGCUGUUUUAACCAAAGCAGCACAUUUGUAGUAUGUAUGUGUCACACUGCUUAGAGUAUGCUUGUGUCAUCCAAGAGGUCACAACCCACCACGUGGUUGUUGGGUUGAGUCUCCAUUCACGGUCCUUUGACCUUUUUACAAUCUGUUUUGGGUGAAUCGUUUGUUGGUUAGAAUAAUAGAGGAAGAAAAUAAGUAUUACGGUGGGAUUUGACUCAUGCAGCAUGGUUCUGCUCCUCUGUUUAGCACUCAAAUGUUCGGUGCUCUUCAGACGUGAGCAGGUGAUCCAUGCACAGUCCCACCAGCUCAUCCUCCCACUUUAUUCAGUGCACUUUACUGUAUGCCACAAUCUCUUAGGUUCUCAUCGGUCCACAACAGAUCUAUGAAAACUGUUGAUUUUAUCGCAGCGAAGGGGGAAAAAAAAGAUGAUGACAAAACGUUAGAUGACUCAAAUGUUCCCCUUGUUGUCUGUUAAGUGUCUUUAAGCCCUCUUACCUACUUCUGCCUUUGAUCAGCUGCAGGUUCAGCGAAGACUCUGAUAUCAUCCUUUAACAGCACAGACCUGCUCAUCUGGCAGUGUAAAAAUAAACAGCCACCAGGGGAUCCUUUUGAAAAAGCAGAGAACGCCGUGUUCUGAUUUACCCAUGUGCUGCUAUGAAAAGGGAAAAUUCAGCAGUUUAGUUAUCGUCCAAGCUGUGAGGUUUGAUGUGUAGGAGGGUUGAGGAUACCAAGCUGAACCAAAUGUUUAUCUCUAGUGAGGUUUUUCUUUCAUUUCCAGUGAUAGUACUGCUGUUAGGACAAAACAUUUUUUUUUGUAUUUUGUUCGACUACCAAACAGCUUCUCCAUUUAUUAGUUCAGGUCUUGCAGCGUAAACCUGUAAUCUGCAAUGAUAGAUUAUCACUGUUUUGUUGUACUGUAAUUCUGGGACCUAAAUACAUAAAUUGUCACUUGGAUCUUUAUAAAAGAGUCCAGCCAAGGAACCUGUGAUCUAAACCCUGUUAUUGUACACUGUGACCAGUCAAACAGCUGGUUUGAAAUGCUAAAUGGAAUGACUGACAACAGUGCCUUUCGUUGGGCUGUACGGCCGAGAAUUGUGUUGUAAUACCUGGAUGAUAGUAUUUGUAUGUACACAUUUAAGGGGAUUUAGUUGGAACCUGAAAAGAACAAAAAAAAACGUCUUUAGAAAAAUCUUUCAAUACCUAUUUACAUUUUUUUAAAUCAAAUCUCAUUUACAAAUUAUUAAAAAACUACAGAACUACAACAUUUAUAAACCUUUCAAGUGGUUCCUUGCAAAUACUGUGGACUCCAGGUGUUACUUCCACAAAGGCUGGUGAGACCAAUGUGAAAAAGGGAUUUCACUGAUCCAACUUUUCUUUUUUCCAACUCAGGGUUUCUGCCGAUUCCGAACACGAAUCUGACGUGCACUGUCUCUUAGUUAUUUUCUCCUCAAAUGAAAAUCCAUGGACCUCCCUAGAAUAAUUUCCAAUGAAACGGCUGGAAAUCCACAGCCUUCUGUGACUGAGCGGACGUGUUUGAGUGGAAACCCUUCAUUUGUUUGGCGUGGAUCAGUGAUCAGAUCCAUCCCCUUUCUAACACACGAGGACAUGUCGUCCUCUUGCUUUGCCUCCAACGGCACUGUUGCCAUCUGUUGUCAGGGAAACCAAAACGCAGCUGCCAGGCGUUUGUGGCAGACGUUCAGAAACGGUCCACAUCUGUGGUUGAGGAGAAGUCAGGUGUGGUUUGGAUUCAAGAAUCAGAUCAGUGACACCAGCACUAACCCAGGUUUUGCAGUAACAGCUGUUUGUAUUCCUUUUGGGAUUUUAUGCCUCUCCAACUUUGCACAAAAAUGCAGGAUUGGAUGUAUUAUUUGGAUGUAUUUUUUUUCUAGUAAUAUAUAAUUUUUUUGUAUUUUUGUAUUAUCACUUUUUGUGUUGUUUGCUUGUGCAAUUGCAGCAGAUGAUGAGUGUUUGGGCGUUCUGUGUCAUAUCAUCACCUCUAGUCAAAAAUGUAUUUUUAAAAAAAACUGUUUGCAAAGGAGAUAUUUAAAAAAGAACUGUGUAUUUUUGAGGGACCACGUCAAGAAAAAAAAAUUCAGGGCAAUAAUAAGUCGGGAGGGAUUUUUAUUAUUGUUUUUAAAAGAUUCGAUUCAAGAUCUGUUUGACCAAAGUUGUCAGGUAAAUUAUUUUCCUGAAUUGUGGGAUUUAAAAUAUUUUGUUAUAUUGAUUUAAGAAUGCUCUCCUGUGUAUUUAUCCUAACUGCUACUGGCAUCAAGUUUGUGGGCUCACAUUUAGUUGUUCAGAAAUUAUUAAGUCUCAAGCUAUUGUGCUGUAAAUAACCAAAAUAUAAAACUGCAAACAAAUGCUUCAUGUUGGAUAGAUUUGGAAUAAGACAUUGAAAAAACUGUUUUCUUAUUAUUAUUAGAGUAAAGCAAAUAGAUGGGAGCCCACAUUGUGUUAUACAGCUUUAAUUUUGGUUUACAAACUUGAAAUGAAAGGACAUGAUACACUCGGAGACUGAACGUUGGGUGUUUUUGUGAAAGAAAACCAUUAGUGUGUGUGAACUAAUGAUGUAAGGAAAUAUGGUUGUAUUCUAAAAUAAAUUAUUUUCUCAAAACAAAAA